CGUUUACACUUGUUGCUAGGCAACCAAAGUAACGAAAAUGACAGAGUUGCACCAAGCAGCUGCAGCGGGGGAUUUUGAUCAAGUUGAGGAGAUUCUGAGGCAAAAUGAAUGUAAUCCCAAUCAGAGAGAUAUCGACUGGAGCUACAAGACACCUCUUCACUGGGCAGCAGCUAAAGGUAGAUCGUGGAUCAGUGGAAAUGUACCAUCCGUAUCUCCUGAUACACCUGCAGGACACACAGAAACGGUCAGGAUCCUUAUUGAGCACGGAGCCAGGACGUGUCUGAGAACAGAGCAUGGAUGGACUCCUGCCCACAGUGCUGCAGAGUCUGGCCGGCUGGCUGUGCUGCGGCUGCUGCACUCCCUCCAUGCACCUAUAGACAAGGAGGACUGCUGUGGAGACAAACCAGUGCGGAUUGCCGAAAUAUAUGGACACCACGAUUGUGUUCGAUUCCUAAAAAAAGCAGAAAUUGAGUGCCAGGCCUACCGCAAGAUGGCAGCCCAGAAAGGGAUUUCAAUGGAUGAUACAGAUGAGAAGUGGGCAGAACAAGGCAAGGAAAAUGAAGAAAACAGGAUCUCUAGCAAUAUUCAGACGUAGGCUUAACUCCCCUUUAUACAACAAAGUAUGUACGAGAGUUGUACAUAGUGUUUCAGUGCUUUAGCACUCAAAAACAUAUCUAAUAAACAAACAUUCCAUCGUUGUUAAGUGGACUGUAAUUUCAAUCACAAGUAAUAAACCAAAAAUUAAUCAAAAAAAAAAUGAAUCAUGUUAUUCCUAUCAACAGUCCAAAACUAUUAGUAAAGAUGAACAACUCUCUCCCAAAUCCAAAAACUAGAGUGCUAAAACAGAAAUUUGUGAUGUCAUCAAGUAUAAAUUAUGUAACAGCUCUAUAAACAAUGAACUGGGAAAGAUGUUAUAGAUGACACUGAGAGCUAGCCUGGUUGACACCAGACCCUUCUCAGUUGUAACGAGAGUGGGUCUGGGAAAGCUUCAUUGACAGUUCAUUUC